AUGGGAGGAAAAAUGCCAACUCUUCUAAUAACUGAUCAAGAUCCUGCCAUGAAGGUAGCUAUAGAAAAUAUUUUUACUACCUCUAAUCAUAGAUUUUACAUGUGGCACAUAAUGAAAAACGUUUCUGAGAAAAUAGGUGGUUCUAUGAAUGCUAAUGAAGAGUUCAACACAAGUCUCAAGUCAUGUGUUUGGGGGUCUGAGACACCAAAUGAGUUUGAAGCUACAUGA